AUGAGUGAUAACGAAAAAGAAGAGGCUGCUAAUUUGAAAGAAGAGUUUGAAUGGGUCCUCCGCGAAGAGGUACAUGCUAUAUUACAUCAGCUUCAUUCGGUUUUAGUCGAAUGUGCUCACCGAUUUCCAGUGCCACUGUAUGGAAAUGAAGGGCAAAAGCAGGACAAAUUCAUUUUGACAUCACAACCAGAACAGCUAAAAUGUAUAGUGACACUCACUGGUGAUAGUAUUACAAAUGCAGAUAUAAGUUUCAAGGUUUUGAGGCAAUUGCACACUAUAUGUCGCACAUCAAUUAAUCAGGAUGGCCCAUGGAAACUACAACAGAUUCAGGAUGCUGCCAAUCACCUCCAGCAAGCCAUAGGUUAUAUUGAUAAUGUUGAUAAGCAUUAUGUGUUCAGAUCAUCAGAAGAAGUUUUACACAUCAUACAAUGUCUACUUGGUUCUCUUCAAAGAGCCCGUACUGCCUUAGUUUUACCUAAGAAAAAAGCAAUUGAUGAGCUUAUGAAAAGUCGAAAUAUGAAAGCCCUCUCACCCAAUUUACCUGAAGAUUUAGCAAUAUCAUUCUACAUUCAAUCACAUAAACUGAUAUUUGUGGCAUAUCAGUUAAGUUCUGUUCAUGGCACUAUGCGGAUUGAUUCAUGUCAAGCAGACUGUGCUGUGCCGUGGUUGAGUGAUGUACUCUUCAUGCUCACAGCUGCCCUUCACAUGUGUCAACAACUUAAAGAUAAGCUGUGCGUGUUUUCACAGUAUAAAGACUUCACGGUAGGGUCAAGAUCUGCAUCCAUUGUGUUCAACUGA